CAGCUGGGACCCUCAGUACGUGGAGAUCCCCGUGUGUCCGGAGAGCAGAGUGAUCACCGCACUCACCCUGGACAUGGAGGACUGCACCGGUGGGAAGACGCCUGGCCAGCUCCCAAUUAAAGGGACCAGGUCAGAGGGCACGGCGUCCUACCCCUCCUCCCACGCACCGUCCCCCAUGCUGCAGGGCAGUGCCAACGACGAGGCGCACUACAUCACCACCCACGAGAUCCAGCUGUGCGAGGCUGACCAGGAGCCGGAUUACCCGGACUUUGGCCUGGCCCCCACCACUUGGAGCGAGCCCCUGGACAGCGCCCCCUGCACCUUUUUGGAGUACGCCUCGUUUGACAGUCAAGGAGGGAGCCCGACCGACGAGGACUGCAGUUACUACUUGAGCACCACCAGCGAUCCCAACCCCACAGACAGCCUGGGCACUGACAGCCUGGGCAGCACCGAGCUGGUCAGCAGUUAUUCGGAAAGCGAUACGUCCCCGGCUCCCAGGGCAGACGAGUCCAAAGCAGCCGGGAUCCUCCUAUCAAUCAAAACCGCAUCCAAGGCUAUAAAGGAGCCUAGCAACGUCCAGCAGCAGCAGCAGCAAAACACCGCCCCUGCCGAUGCCAAGCAUGAGACAGACAUGACUUACUGCGUGUCCAGAGCCACCGACAGCAAGUCCGCCUUCAAACAGCACCACUGCCUGCCUUACCCAGCGCUGUCCGAUGCGCACAGGCUGGUCGCCAUCCCCGCCCGUCUGCAGGCGCGGAGCGGGGUCCACGCGGACAUCUCCAGCGGAGCCUCCAGCGCAGUCAGCGAGCUAGAUGACGCCGACAAGGAGGUGCGCAACCUCACCUCCAGAGCCUUCCGCAGCCUUGCCUACCCCUACUUCGAAGCCAUCAACUUCAGCUCCAGCGAGUCCACCACCUCUCUGUCUGACCAGAACAUAGGCAUCAACAGCUGGUCCACCUACCUGGACUGGAAAGGGAGCUCAUUCCUGUCUCAGAAGGCAGAGAAGACCCUACACCAGCACUCCUCCACCACAUCCAGCCUCAAGAAGAUAGGCAAGGAUGCCUCCCAGGUGUUCCUCCAAUCUAACAAGUCCCAAACCAAAGCCUAUGAGCUGGUGGUGAGCGAAGUAGCCGAGAAACGAGCUGAUCCAGCCGGCUCCUCUAAGCGCAUCCAGUCUGGUUCCAGGGUUGUCACGCUGACGGAGACCCUCAACCUGGUGAAAGCCAGCAAGCCUCAUGAACUCUCACUUUCCACGGAUGGGGUUACACAGGCUCUGCCAAGAGAAGCGGCUGCGCAGGAGCUCACCAAGCACACUAGCAGCGCAGCCGAAGCCAUGGAAGGCUCCAACAAAUCCAAAUAUGCCUCCAGCCUUAUUAAAAACAUUAUCUCCAAGAAAAUGCAGCUGGAGCAUGAGAUUAAGAUGGAAAGAGGGGAGAUCACAGACACGUCUCAGAAACAUGCUUUAGCCAAGGAGGCAGAGGGUUCCAAAGAAAAGUCCCUACAGAGCUGCAAGUUCUCCGAGGCAGAGGGCUCCAAGGAAAAGUCCUUACAGAGACAGAGCUCCAAGUUCUCAAAUACAGAGGGCUCCAAAGAAAGGUCCUUACAGAGACAGAGCUCCAAGUUCUCAGAUACAGAGGGCUCCAAAGAAAAGUCCUUACAGAGACAGAGCUCCAAGUUCUCAGAAGCAGAGGGCUCCAAGGAAAAGUUCUUACAGAGACAGAGCUCCAAGUUCUCAGAAGCAGAGGGCUCCAAGGAAAAGUUCUUACAGAGACAGAGCUCCAAGUUCUCAGAAGCAGAGGGCUCCAAGGAAAAGUUCUUACAAAGACAGAGCUCCAAGUUUUCCGAGGCAGGCUCCGACUUCACCCUGGUCAGCAGCGAGGACUUCUCAGCCAGGGACUUUGCUCCUGCUGAUGGCAAUGUUCCUCUAGAAGAAGCCUCCAAGAGCUCUGCGGACACCAUGAAGGGCAUGUUCCUCCGCAGCCAGAACAGCGCCUUCAGAUCCUGGAAGGAGAAGGAGAUAGAAAAGAUGGAAAAGAAAAUAGAAGAGAAGGUGGCCAAGGCAAGAAGGAUCAAGAUCCCCCUGGAGAGGGACUGGAGGGCUGAAUUUGGGGAGAUCUCCACUGUCCAGUCCACCAAGAUGUCCCGCUUGUAUGUGCCUGGCAUCCAACACAUACCUAAGGAGAAGCAAGCCGAGAAGCAAGCCACCAAAUACGCCGUGACCACCUAUGCCCACCAGACCUGCUUCAGCCGCAAUGAAAAUGAAUUCAAAAGCGAGAAGCUUCACAUCCUGGAGGCUACAGCUGCUAGCAGGAUGACCCCCAUGAUCACCCCCAAGCCUCAAGAGAUUAAGCUAAACCUGGGAUUAUCCUCGGAGAAUAAAGAUAACCCUUUCAACAUUGCCAAGCUAUUGACCCCAAACCUGGCAUCUACCCUUUCCAAGGCGGCAGAAGAUCUGAGGAGCCAGGUCCCAUCCAGGGCUGAGGUUCUGGAGAAGAUGCCUCAGUUCCUGGUCAGGGACAUCAGGGAGAGCAAACCCAAAACGCAGGGGACGAUCCACCAGGUGAGGGACGUUAGGAAGCUGCUGAAAAAUUCCUACAGCCAUGACAAUGGUGACAAUAGUGACAGGGGCAGCGUGAUGUCUGAUCAGAGUACCACCGAUCAGAAAACCAAGGGGACCCCCACAUCCAAGAUCUCUUCCUCCUUGUCCCCCAUUAUGAUCACCUGCCAGGCGGUGAAGAAUAAAGAGGAAGGUGACAAUAGCCAGCCAGAUGCAGAGGGGGGGCUGUCACCUGCAGAAACUGUCCUGGUGCACAGGGCAUCAGGCAGGCUCCCUGUAGCCACCAUUGCCCCCAAUAAAAGUGGCCCCAGGAUGCCCGUAGUGAAAAUCGUGUCUAAAGCUUCCAAGUGGAAGCAGGAGAAGAAAGAGCAGCAGCCCGAGGUGAAGGUACCACCACAGUCCCCACAGUCCCGGGCUGCCCUGGAGAAGCUGACUGCUGCAGUGAAGACUAUGGAGCAGCUCUAUGUCUAUGACAGAAAGGAGUGGAAGCGCAAAGGUGGUCAACAGCCCCUCACGGGUAGCCACGUCCUCUCUAUGAUCGCCGGUGAGGAGGGAUCUGUGGCCAGAAAGGUGGCAACAUUUCCUGAGUACACCAAGGCUAGGGAAGAGCCCCGCAAGGUACUUGCUCCACCGUUCAGCAAAGCCCCUGAGCCCCUGGCACGCCGCAAUUCCCACCCCGGCUUAGAGAAGAGCCCCGUAAAGGUGGAGAACAAAGCGCCCCCGCGGACCUUCCAGGUGUCCAAGUUUGGGGAAACCAAGAAACAAGAUCAGCCCGAAAAAAACAGCGGAGGGACCGGCAAUGUCAAUGUGUUCAAGGUGAGUGCUGCCCCGGUUAAGAACAAGGAACAGAACCAAGAAGCAGCAAUGAAUAGAAAAAAUACUCGACCUCAGCCCAGGCCGACUUCUUUGAAGAUCCCUCAGCUGGCCCUCGAGGAGCCCAAGAAGGUGGAACCCAGCCCUCCUCAGCUCCCCUCCCUGGUACGGAAAGCCAGCGCUGACUUUGAGAACUACCUUACCAUUCCGGUAAAGUCAGCAGAAGGGAAGCCAUCGGUAGACACUAGUGCCCGGGAUCCCCCGUCCGGUAAUAGUGAAAGCACAUUCACCCCCGGUGGUACCAAAGAUUACAAUGUGAAUAGUGGAAACACACGGGAACCCUCUAGUAUUAUUCGGGAUGCUGCAGCAACUGUGCGAGACUCUACAUCCUUGGCCACCCUCCCACCAUUCAGCACCAAAACUCAGGCGUCCAGUCCCAAGAGUCCCAUCAAAGCACCCGUGGACUGGCGCAACAAGGCAAAGGAGGGUGUGCAGCCCACCAGGGCACCCUCAGCAGGGUCUGAGCCCCAAACCCCAGACUCUGUCCCUCCGGCUACUUUUUACCACCAUCCUUUCCCACCAGUAGCAAUGGCCAUGCCUAGCCCUCAAGGACCCAUCUAUUAUUCUCCCCCAUUGCCUUCAGCUACCCCUGCGGAGAUGUAUCCGCAGACCCAGCGCAAAAUGCUGGUGGACUUAGCCACAGGCCAGUAUUAUCUAGUGGACACUCCUGUACAGCCAGUGAAAAGGAGAUUGUUUGACCCAGAAACUGGACAGUAUGUGGAUGUCCCUGUGCCCCCUCCUCCUGUUACACCUAUGCCCCUUCACAUGCCGCAGUUAGCCCUUAGUCCUGGUGCCUAUGGACCCGCUUAUAUGUUUUAUCCAGGAUUUAUGCCCACUCCCCAAACAACUGUCCUCCCUGCUAGCACCAUGCAAACCCCUCUCUCUAACCCAGGAAGUGAGCACCCCUUUGAAAUGCCAGGGGUCGAGGGGUCUCAGCAAGGGGAGAUGGGACUGUUGGAGACCCCCUACUACUUAGCCACUGGAUCAUCCAGUGUGCCCACUGGACAAACUGCUAAUAUCAGGAGAGGAUCCCUGGGCUGCCCAGAUGGAAAGCAGGUCAUCAACAUCCUGUCCCAGCCUGGACCCAGAAUUGUGGCUCCACCAUCCUUUGAUGGCACAACCAUGCGCUUUGUUGUGGAACACAGAUGA